CGCGCCGCCCCGCCGGCCAUGUCGUGGGGCUCCCGCCUGGCGCUGGCCGUCUCCGCGCUGCUCUCCGCCGCCAUCGUGGCGGCCGUGCACAUCCAGCAGCGCCGGGAGCUGGAGAGGCUGCGGAGUGGCGUGGUCAGAGAUCUGGAGCGUCAGAACCAGAAGAAGGAGAACGUUCGCCUGCUGGAAGAGCAGAUCGCUCUGACAAAGCGGCUCAUUGAGGAGAGAGACAAGGCGCUGAAGGAAAAGCGUUCCCAGCAGCCCUAG